AUGACACCAAAAAGAGCGUCCGCUAUGAGGGCAAGAAUGGCCCGUGAGUCCCAGGAGCAGACUACAAUGCGACUAUCACAGGUCGCUCAACGCAGUGCCCUCACACAGUCACAAGAGGAGAGUACCACCUGCUGGCCUGGGAAAGCUGCCUACAGGCCUUCGUUGCGAUCAAGGCUCAAGAAUGCACAAGGGUCGAGAAUGUACGCACAGGCUGCAGCAACCGCCUCUGCAUCUCGGGCUUCCGAGACUCAUCAUCAAAGGCUUCUUCGUAUCGUAAGAAACGCUGCUGCCACUGAGAAAUCAAGGGCAAUAGAGACACUUGACUGCAGGCGUGCCCGUAAAUCCAGGGACGCUGCUGCAACAGCGAGCGCUAGCGCUGCUGAGACACCGUUCCGUAGGUCUGUGCAAAAUACUAUGAAUGCUGCCACCACUGCAAGGUCGAGGACAAUCGAGACACCUGCCCGCAGGCGCGCCCGUUAA